CUCAUAACAAUUGGCUCCACUCGACCAAGUGACUACACGAUGUAACAGUCCUGACAUGUGUUGCCUUUAAAAAUAUAUAUGUUUUUAUACCAGCGCAGCAUUUUGUCCCGCGGGAGUGAGAUGCAUACGCUACUGUGUGGUAAAAUGAUUGUUCUUUGUAUCAUUAUUUCAUUUAUUUAUCUCUCGGUACCAUGCAGCUCUAGCCAGUCCAUUUCGGUUGCCUGCCUAGGCUGCUAACAGUGUAGUAGAAUGUGCUCUGCUUGUAGCCAGUCUCCUAGUAACAUUAUUUACGAUAGCAAUCGAAAAUGUGGCUAGCUAGCAGUUUCACCAGUGUGGUACAACUUCAGCGCCUAUAUACACAUCUACAUGAAUGUGAACCGUUCUUUGUAUGGUCUCUGUUUCAGCAGGUGUCAGUCAGUUAGUCUAGACAAAAACAACACCGCCGCUCUCAUGACAUUCAGACAUUUUUGGCAUUCGGCCUGAGAAUGAUGACAACGUCAGAUUAAACUCGGCAGUAUUAAUCGUAGUGCCAUUGCAGAACAUAUUUGGAUUAGGCUACGGCACGGAGGGUGGUCAGAUAGCUGCCAUUUUAUCGGAUUCGGCCGAAAUGUUAUGGUUGAGGAAGUGCUGACAUUCGGAUACCAAUCGUUUGAGUCGCAGAAGGCUUCCCUGAGGCGUGAGAAUCAUGUCGGUGGUGAGAACUACGAACAACCACGCCGAAGCUGCCAUGGAUGCUAUUGGGGUCUUGUAUACGAAUCCACUGGACGACUAUGAACUGCUCCACAGUAUUGGGAGUGGUACCUACGGUGAUGUUUUCAAGGCUCGCUGCAUCGAAACAUCAGUCAUUUCAGCCAUCAAGGUCAUUAAGCUUGAUCCUGGGGAAGAUUUAUCGAGCAUUCAGCAGGAGAUCACCAUGAUGAAGGAAUGUACUCACAAGAACAUUGUGGCCUACUUUGGCAGCUAUCACAGAAACAACAAGCUUUGGAUUUGCAUGGAGUAUUGUGGGGGAGGGUCCUUGCAAGACAUUUACCAUGUGACAGGACCAUUAAAGGAGAGACAGAUAGCAUACGUGUGUCGGGAAACGCUGCAGGGGCUGCAUUAUCUGCACCAAAUGGGAAAGAUGCACAGAGACAUUAAAGGAGCCAACAUCCUCCUGACCAAGCGAGGGGAUGUCAAACUGGCCGAUUUUGGGGUGGCAGCUGAGAUUAAUGCCUCUGUCUCCAAGAGGAAGUCUUUCAUUGGGACACCCUACUGGAUGGCCCCAGAGGUUGCAGCGGUGGAGAAGAAGGGAGGAUACAACCAGCUGUGUGACAUCUGGGCAGUGGGCAUCACCUCCAUUGAGCUGGCAGAGCUGCAGCCGCCUAUGUUCGACCUGCAUCCCAUGAGAGCCUUGAUGCUGAUGUCCAAGAGCAGCUUCCAGCCACCCAAACUCAAGGACAAGACCCAAUGGUCGACUGUAUUUCAUAGUUUUGUGAAGAUGUCUCUUAUCAAGAACCCACGGCGCAGGCCAACAGCCGAGAAACUCUUACAGCAUGCAUUUGUCACUCAGCUGUUGACUCGAACGCUGGUCAUCGAGCUGCUGGACAUGGCCAACAACCCUGACCUGCAGACGACACUCACCAUGGACGAAAGCGACCUUGAGACCUGCAGUGCCUUUCCUGAUAAGAUCCAGUCAUUGGGCAGGCAUCCACCUGCCCAGAGGACCCAGUCUGAGGAGCAGUUCGAUCACGUCAAGUUUGGACCCCCUAAGAGGAAAGAGACUGACCCUUGCCCUGACCUGGGACUGUAUGAUGAUUGGAGUGCCAUUGAUGAUGACAAGGACUCCCCGAGUUUGCUGGAAAGUGUUGAGGAGGCAUUGCUGAAGAGAAGUCUAACCAUCAAGAGAGCUCCAUCCGGCGGGGAGAGUGGAAAUGAUUCCCCAGGCUCUGAUGAUGAGGACAAAUAUGGCACCGUGAAGAGAGGCACAGCGCUCGCCUCUUCGGCGGGGUCAGACGUUUCUCUGUCCCUCCCUUCGUCGCUCUCCUCCACCCCGCUGAACACUAAGGCCCAGGGCAGCGCUGCCGUUCCUGCCCUGGACGAGUCGCCCCUCCUGGGCGGCUCUGGGUUCUGUGACCUCUCGCUCACGCUGCUAAAGGGCUCCGCGCUCUUCUCAGACGCGCCGCUCUUCUCCGGGUCCUCCAUGAGCCUCGGCUCGCUGCUCUCCUCCCCCACCACCGAAGGGGGCGGUGUUUCAGAGGAGCCAGGGGAAAGCGCGGGGAAGGACACGCCUCCGACUCGACAGCCUCCUCUCUCGCCAGAAUGGAGCACGCUCCGGAGGAAGACCGAGGACUCGAGGUCUGAGUCCCACGGGCUUCCCCCUACACCCCAAGUGCAUAUGGGAGCCUGUUUCUCGAAGGUGUUUAAUGGCUGUCCCCUGAAAACCCAUAGUGCUGUUACAUGGGUUUUGCCAAAAACCAAAGAUCAGUACCUCAUCCUGGGAGCCGAGGAGGGAAUCUACAUCCUCAACCUCCAUGAGCUCCAUGAGGACACCAUGGAGAAGCUCCUCCCACAGAGAUGCAGCUGGCUGUAUGUCAUGAACAAUGUGCUGAUGUCUAUUUCGGGGAAGUCCUCGCAGCUCUUCUCCCACAGCCUCACAGCGCUCUUUGAUGAGCGGAGAAGCAUGCAGAGGAGGCAGAGGCACCUGUCAAUCAACGCACACCGCCUGAGCACAAGGAUAAACUCCAAGAAGUACUCCAUGUCUGUGAAGAUACCAGACACUAAAGGGUGCCGUGGGUGUCGUGUAGUGCGUAACCCCUACACAGACAGUACGUUUCUGUGUGCGCUGGUUCCAUCUGGUUUAGUUCUGCUUCUGUGGUAUGAUCCACUGCAGAAGUUUAUGCAACUCAAGCACAUAGCGAUGAGUUUGCCCGAGUCAAUGCCCAUCUUCGAGCUACUGGUGGUGGAGAGUGAGGAGCUGCCUCUGUUGUGCAUAGGGGCCAGAGCUCACUCGCCGCACACAGAACACACUAACGGGCAGCUGCAGUUUGAUAUCAUUCACCUGGACGAUACCCCUCAGGACAAGCCAGAUGGUGAAUCUCUCAGUGUACAGCAGGUGACUCAGCUGGACAGAGACACGGUUCUGAUUGCACUGGAAAACACUGUGAAAAUUGUGGAUCUGCAGGGACGUCCCAUCAAAAGCAUGGCCUCAGAGCUCACCUUUGAUUUCUCCAUUGAGACCUUGGUGUGUUUGCAGGACAGUGCUCUUGCCUUCUGGAAGCAUGGACUCGGUGGGAGGAGCCUCUGCAAGAAUGAGGUAACCCAGGAGAUAACAGACAAAAGUCGUAUAUUCAAAGUCUUAGGAACAAACAGAGACAUCAUACUCCAGAGCACACCUACAGGGGAUCCAUCCGCUACCAGCAACUUGUACAUCCUCACAGGCCACGAGAGCAGCUACUGAGAGGACCAGACAAGGGAGUUUGACUCAGAUCGGGGCAUGGCCUCCCCACACACACACACACACACACACACGAGCCCUUAGUGCCCCUCAGAAAGCAGUAGGGGGAUGGAGCGACUCUGUGAGCGACAGCAGAGCAAACAGCCUCCUUACCUGGCAUAGGGUCAGCAGAAAGGUCUGGGAGAGGCUGCAAAAGAGUGGGUGGUGCUCGACGUGGUUCUGUGAUUAGUGGGUUGUGUUUUUAGCUUGGCUCAUCUUUACUUUAAAAUAAAAAUUCUUUUGAGAAAGGCCUCUAUGGGCAAAGGGGGCGAAAGGCAGUUUGUGGUGUCCGGAGACUUGAAUGAGCACUUGAGGAAGGUGUGGCUGCUGGACAACACCCUGAGAACAGCCACAAGACAAGCAAGCCAGCAAACAGACUGUGUGGAAUACUGUUUGGAGUCGGGAGGAACACUGUUGGCCAGUCACCGACGCCCAGAGCUCUUGGGAUUUUUCCUCUCAUUAUUUCAAUGGUCACCAGAGGAAAGACUUUCAGGCUGAUAUCAGUCAAGCAUAAAACGUUAGUGAAAUAUUGGUGGUGAUAUACCUGUAUGGAAUGUAAUCAGUCACCUGAACUUUCAUUAGUCUGGGAGAGUCACCAGCAUAUCUGUGCCCAUAAAGAGUAAUAGAACGUAAUUUAGCGUUACUUGAUAACAAUGUACGCUAACCAUAAAAACUAUUUACGGUUACUUGAGUGACUUGAAUGAUAUUUAUGGGUUGUGUUAUUUAAGGCCUUACUGGAAAUGUGUGAGAAGAGGUCCAAAGGUCAUGACAAACAGACCAGCACCGCAAAUACUGCUCAUCUCCAUGGACAUCUGAAAGCCAUGGAGAGCACAGACGAGAAUGUAGAUCAUGGAGUGGAGCUCUUAGGUGUGUGGAGGAUGGAGGGGGGGAGGAACUUUCCUCUGUUUGAACUAUGAGCUCAUUUGUCAUGGGGUAGACCAGCCAGCCACCUAUGACAUCACUCCUCAGUUUGGAAACGGGAGUGUUCCAAAGAUUUGAUACAACAUUCCCUUUGUUUAAACGGACUAAACCUCUAGAGACUCUUGUCUUUUUUUAGAGUGUCGCGUGAGCCAGCAAGAGUUUGGGAUUAUUUUGUGGUAGCGUGAAAGAAGAACCUCUCCAUGAACAACUGUGUAAUUCAUGGGCUCAAACAAAUACAGGCUUUCAAAAAGCUGUAAAACUGAGUGAUAGAAAACACAUGCUGAACUGCCUGAGAAUGUGUUGUUUGCCAAAGCUGAUGAAAGAAAAUAAAUAUGUAACAUAACAUAAA